AUGGCGCGACAGAAACAAACAGCGCCCCUACAGCGGUCAACGUCCUCGGAAUUGAUGCAUAUGCUUCCAGACGAUUUCAAGGCCAAUGGGCAAGCGAAGGAACGGAAUGCCAGAGCCCAAAAUACAGAAAAAGGCGCGGCGCAUGAUUCCGCGCAAGAGACUCCGGGGUUGAUGCAGCUGGUGAUUUGCGUUUUGGGAAUCUACGCUUCAUUCCUUUCAUGGGGUGUCCUGCAGGAAGCUAUUACAACCGUCUCUUACCCCAUCCGGCCGGCGAGCGCAAUAGAGCACGAACCUCCCACGGAACGCUUUACCUUCUCGAUCGUGCUGAACACAAUACAGUCCUCCUUUGCUGCUAUCACGGGCUUUCUCUACCUUACCUUCUCGACACCCAAGGGCCAAAAGGUUCCGUCGAUCUUCCCGACUCGCAAGAUCCUCUUCCCAUUAAUCCUCGUCAGCAUCACCUCGUCUCUCGCAUCGCCCUUUGGCUACGCCAGCCUGUCUCAUAUAGACUACCUGACUUUCAUUCUCGCCAAAUCGUGCAAACUUCUUCCGGUUAUGUUUCUCAAUUUGACCAUAUUCCGCAAGCGCUAUCCGUUGUACAAAUACUUGGUUGUCCUCGCGGUCACGCUCGGAGUCGCAACCUUCACCCUGCACCAUCCUGGAACGAGCAAGAAGAUGGCAGCAGCAGCAGAGAAGAACCAGUCGGGCUCCUCGCUGUGGGGGAUAUUCCUGCUCUCAAUUAACCUACUUUUGGAUGGCCUCACGAACACCACGCAAGACCACAUCUUUACCUCCCCGCAGGUCUACACGCGUUUUACUGGGCCGCAAAUGAUGGUGGCGCAGAAUGUCCUGUCCACUGCCCUGACCACUCUCUAUCUGGGUAUUAUGCCGCACCUGUCUUCCAGCGGCAUCCUUCAUGCUAUUCUCCCCUUCCCCAUUCCGCCAUCCACAGAGACGGAACUGUCGACCGCCAUCUCGUUUCUGUCUCGGCAUCCCGAAGCGCUGAAGAACGUGCUCGGAUUUGCCGCUUGUGGUGCCAUUGGCCAGCUGUUUAUCUUCUAUACGCUCUCGCGCUUCUCGUCCUUGCUUCUGGUUACCGUCACUGUUACGCGGAAGAUGUUGACCAUGCUCCUGAGUGUGUUCUGGUUCGGUCACUCGUUAUCCGUUGGACAGUGGCUGGGAGUUGGACUUGUCUUUGGGGGCGUUGGCGCUGAAGCUGCCGUACAAAGGCAAGAGAAGAAAGCUAAAGAGCAAGCGAAGGCUCAGGCUAAAAAAGAAUAA